ACCCGACGAUACCUCCCCUGGGGUACACUGAGGAACCGGCGGCCGCGGAGGUCGGUGCGCUCUAUUGUCGGCGGAAAAAUCCGCAUUUGUGUAUAGGAAAGCAACUCACCCGUGUCAUCGCACACACCGUAUCGUUCGUACGGUCGUGGGUCGUAUGCAUUUGUCGUUGAUGUUCUACGUUCAGAUUUUUUUUUUUUUGUGCUACCUCUACGUGUGCCAAUAUUUUGACUUUUCAGACCUGUUGAGUUUUUCCUCCCGGUUCAGCGUUUGCUAGCGAUGAUAACAAUCGACGCACGGUUCGGCGACUAGUUGCGUCUAGCGUUCUGUUCGGAAUGGAUGUUCCUCGGAUUACCGCGUGAUGCGUGCGGGAAUCAAUCUGCAAGAGUGGAAGAAAAACAGUUUGAACACAGUAACAGUAGCAGAAAAAUCCCGAAAAGCAGAAUUGGAAAUGAUGUCAAAGUGAAUUUUAGUGACUUUAAAAAAUUGUGCACAAGAAGAUUUGGACACUACGAACGUGUUCCGGAAAUUGGAGGAUCAAGUGUGUAAAUCGGAUAAAUAUCUCGUGUUUUUUUUUUCAACGUAUUGUGGAAGUAGUUUUUACUGCAUUUAACCAUCGGAAGUAGAGAGAAAAAUGGCGCACCUUCGGCGAACGCCGUUCGCUAUUUUGCUGGCGGCAUUCAUCGUCAGCGCACAUCCGAUGCACAUCCCUGAAGAUAUGGAAAUUUUGGACGGCUACGAAAUGGAUUCAGCCGGUACGGAGAUUAAUCCGGAAGACGAUUUCUACGAGCAGCGAAGUCUACUCGAGCCGUUUAUGUACCGUGCAAUUCGAGACCGCCGGGAAAUUCCGUACCGCGUUCUGGAGUCCCCCGGGUUGAGAAGCCAUUUCAGGCAGCGACCCGAUACAGACGAUGGAUUUCAGCAAAAAGAGCACCACUCGCGGCGAAGAAAUCGGCGAAGCAUUGACAUGGAGAGUGUUGACGCUGUGACGGAGGAAUCCCCUAAGCCAACGGAAGAGUUGCCUAAACCGGAGAAGCAAAUGAUGAAUGAGCGCACUGUGGAAGCAUGGGCGAAAACCCCCUAUCAGGUGAAGGCACCUGCCAAGCAGGAAAAGGAAGAGAGCGGGGAUUCAGAAGCAGAAGCAUCUAUGAUAAGCGAAGGGAUAAAGGCUAGAGCACCAAGGGUGAACUUUGUUACGCAGAGGAAAUCCAACCCGGAUUCUUUGGAGGCACGCGAAGACAAAAUAAUUCCAGAAUUAUAUCGUAAACCAUUGGCUCGGCUGUAUUAUGAGUAUCCAGACGUGCCGCGGAUUUACGAUUCCUAUUCAGCCCAAUCUCAAUCGCCGAUGUAUCCGAAAGUUUACAAUAAAUACGAUGGGUUCCAUCGGGACAUGAUGGACCGGAUGCAUCCGCCCGCCCCACAUCGCUUCGAUAACUACUACCAGCGACGUCACGAUACCGACUAUGACUCUUACUUCCCUAGACAAUCUUUCUCAAGUUACUACUACUAUCCGGAUAAACGGUUUGACGUUCCCUCGUACUACCGUGACCGACAUUAUUUGUUCACAAACGACGUGAUAGAUCCAGUGCCAGCCCCAGCACCGUCUCCGACUUCGAUAUACGUACCAUCGAGAAACCGACGAAUCAUUUACUACGCCAAUCUGCCGGAGAUUGUCCGAACUCCUCCGAACGUUGAUCUGCGCUAUCACAACUAUAACAAGUAUAACAAUCGCUUCAGUCCGUUCCACACAACAAAGGCACCGAUGAGUUCGUACAAGCUGUCCACCUCGAAGCAUGACGAUCGCAAACCGGGCGACCGAAAGGAGGAUAAGUACGUCAGCUCGACGCCUAUCAAGAUUGUGCGUGAGAUCGCUGGGCAGCAGGAAUCUCCCAAUGUGAACAAUUCAGCCGGACGUAGAUCGUACGCAGCGAAUGGGGCAGGAGGUGCAGGAAGAUCCGGUACCAACUAUCAGGACGCUGCCCGUCAUGAGCAAGAUCGGUCUUACUUUGGAAGACAUCACUAGUGAGUGCAGUCACAGGAUGGCACGAUGCGUAAUGAUAAUGAUGUAGAUUAUAUUCUGAUUGUAGUAAAGUAGAGAGUAGAUAAUUUUUACUGUAUUUGAAUGCUGAACAAUAAAUGCUUACAUUUGA